UGCGGCCUGUAUUGUUCCGCUGGGCCCUCCGCUCCCGGGGCGGGCGGGUGACUCCACACCCAGGAGCAUGCGCCGCGGUCCCCAGAGGAGUGCUUCCUCCCGGCCGACUGAUGGAGGGGAGCGGUUCCCUCUCGGUUCCCUGCGGGGCUGGUGACCAGGAGAGCAGCGCUGGCCAGGCUGGGAGCAAGCCCACCUCCGCUUCCAGAGAUGUUCACGCGGGGGUCCUCUUCUCCUCCUCAGCGAUUUUAGACUUGAGUCAAAGUGGUCUUCACCAUUUUGAGGAGAUCUUUAAAGUCCCCAACCUCAGACAGUUGCACCUUCAGCGAAAUGCCCUGUGCGCGAUUCCUAAAGACUUCUUCCAGAUGCUGCCCAACCUCUUGUGGCUGGACCUGCGCUUCAACAGGAUCACCGCGCUGCCCUCUGGUAUUGGCCGUCACGAGCAUUUGAAAACUUUGCUAUUGGAAAGAAAUCCCAUCAGAAUGUUACCCGUGGAGCUGGGGAGCGUGACCACCCUGAAGGCCCUGAGCCUGCGGCACUGCCCCCUGGAGUUCCCGCCACAGCUCGUGGUGCAGAGGGGGCUGGUGGCCAUCCUGACCUUCCUGCAGAUCUGCGCGGCCGAGUGCGCGGUACCCCGAGAUGGCUCCCCUCGAG